UGCGCAUGGGGUGAUUGUCAUGGUUACGCUCUGACAAAACAAAUGGCUCUGCUUCCUGCAGGCCACCUAAACAGCCAUCGCAAUGUGGGCAUUGAUCAAGCUGACCGCCAGGGCAGUGAGCGCUGGGCUUGGGCACGGGAGCCUGGUCCUGGGUGCCCUCUCCAGCAGCUCCGGGCACAGGCAGGCAGCCGCUGCGGCAGAUAGAGGGAGUGUUUGCCAGACACAUGUUGCUUCUGGGGCAAGGCCCUGAAGGCUGAGUAGCUGGCGGGAUGCCUGGCCUGCUGAACCGCAUCACGGGGGCAGCCCUGCCCCUCACCGCAUCUGAUGUCACCUCCUUUGUCAGCGGUUACGCCCUAGGCCUGACCGCCUCCCUCACCUAUGGUAAUUUGGAGGCUCAGCCUUUCCCGGGCCUCUUCGUGUAUCUGCUGGAUGAGUACACCACGGUGAUCGGCUUUGAGGCAGUCAUUGCUGACCGUGUCGUGAAGGUACAGAUCAAGGACAAAGCCAAGCUGGAGAGCAGCCACUUAGAUGCCUCCUGUGCCCGAUCCUGUACUGUCACAGGGAACAUUCUGCAAGAGGGGGUUUCCAUCACCCCUCAUUCCUGCACACCGGGAAAGGUGGCCUUGGAUGAGGACUUGGAGCGGGUCCUGUUCGUGGUCAACUUGGGGACCAUCACCCCCAUGGAGAAUGUCACCGUCUUCAUCAGCACCUCAUCAGAGCUACUGACGCUGCCCAGCGGGGCUGUGAGAGUCCUCCUGCCUGCCGUCUGUGCCCCAAUGGUGCCUCAGUUCUGCACCAAGAGCGCCGGCCCUUCCAACCCACCAACCCAGGGCAAAGAAACGCACUGCUAUGGCACCCAGGCCCUGGACUCCUGGAACAAGCUGUGCCUGGCAACUCUGCUGGACACCGAGGUGUCCAACCCCAUGGAGUAUGACUUCAGCUUCCAACUGGAGAUCCGGGGGCCAUGUCUGCUUGCAGGGGUGGAGAGUCCCACACAUGAAAUCCGCGCAGAUGCUGCCCCAUCUGCACGCUCAGCCAAAAGCAUCAUCAUCACCUUGGCCAACAAGCACACCUUCGACCGGCCCGUGGAGAUCCUCAUUCAUCCCAGUGAACCCCACCUGCCACAUGUCCUGGUGGAGAAAGGAGACAUGACCCUAGCAGAGUUUGACCAGCACUUGAAGGGGAGAACCGAUUUCAUUAAAGGGACGAAGAAGGACAGCAGUGCGGAACGGAAGACAGAAAUUAUCCGGAAACGCCUCCACAAAGACAUUCCCCACCACUCGGUCAUCAUGCUCAACUUCUGCCCUGACCUCCAGUCUGUGCAGCUUAACUUGAGAAAGACACAUGGAGAAUUCAUCUUCCUUAUUGACAGGAGCAACAGUAUGAGUGGGACCAACAUGCACCGUGUCAAGGAUGCCAUGCUGGUGGCCCUUAAGAGCCUCAUGCCAACCUGCCUCUUCAAUGUCAUUGGAUUCGGAUCCACAUUUAAGACCCUCUUCCCUUCCAGCCAGACCUACAAUGAGGAGAGCUUGGCCAUGGCUUGUGACAACAUCCAGAGUAUGCAGGCUGACAUGGGUGGCACCAACAUCUUUUCCCCUCUCAAGUGGAUCGUCCGGCAGCCAGUGCAUCAGGGCCACCCACGGCUGCUCUUCCUGAUCACGGAUGGCGCCAUCAGCAACAUCGGGAAGGUGCUGGAGCUGGUGCGGAACCACGCCUUCUCCACCAGGUGCUACAGCUUUGGGAUUGGACCGAACGUCUGCCAUCGACUGGUAAAAGGGCUGGCAUCUGCGUCCAAGGGCAGUGCCGAGUUCCUCAUGGAGGGGGAGCGGCUGCAACCCAAGAUGAUCAAAUCCUUGAAGAAGGCCAUGGCCCCAGUCCUGAGUGACGUGACUGUGGAGUGGGUCUUCCCUGAGACCACUGAGGUCCUGAUAUCACCUGUCAGCACCAGCACCCUCUUCCCUGGAGAACGGUUGGUGGGGUAUGGCAUUAUGUGUGAUGCCUCCUUGUACGUCUCCAAUCCCAGAUCUGACAAGAGGCGAAGGUACAGCAUGCUGCACUCCCAGGAGUCUGGGAGCUCCGUCUUCUACCACUCUCAGGAUGAGGGAGUCGGCCCAGACAGUGGAGACUGUGCCAGGAGCACAGCGGCCCCCUUAAGCCUGGGGCGGGCCAAGGAUGCCUGGCCAUUCGGUGGAGACUCCAGCACCAGCCAUGGUCUGGACCUCUCCCAGCGACGGAGGGCGUACAGCACCAACCAGAUUACCAACCACAAGCCGUGCCCAAGGGCCACCACUGCCAGUGAGCCCACCGUAUCUUCCAGGAGACACCCACUGCGGAAAGCCAAGCUGCAAGACCUCACUAAUCAGACCAGCCUGGAUGGCCAGCGGUGGCAGACUGAUUUGCAGUACUUGCUGAACAGUGGCCAGGGCCCCAAACUGCAUGGCCCAGGAGCCCGAAGACCCUCUCUACUGCCUCAAGGCUGCCAGCCCUUCCUGCCCUCUGGCCAGGAGACCUUGGCCUGGAGCUCCAUGGUGGAGCUGGAUCCCAGAUCCAGCCUGAAGUCUUCCCUGGACAGCCGCAGCCCUGGGGAUCAGGAACCGUCCUAUCACCCCUCUGCCUUCGAGACGGAGCCGUCUUCGGACUGGGAGCCCAUGGCUGAGUCCAAGGAGCAGGCCAGUCCCGGCAGGCCCAACACCAGCCCAGGCCCGGUGCUGGGCAAGGCGCUGGUCAAAGGCCUGCGCGACGGCCAACGCGUGCAGUGGGAGGUGAGCUUCGAGUUGGGGGCCCCCGGCCCAGAGCCGGGCAACGAGGGAGACGACGACCUGUGGAAUGAGACCUUCCACCACCUGGCGGCCCGCGCGGUCAUCCGAGACUUUGAGCAGCUGGCGGAGCGGGAGGACGACAUAGAGCAAGGGUCCAGUCGCCGCUACCAGGUGAGCGCCGUGCACACCAGCAAGGCCUGCAAUGUCAUCAGCAAAUACACAGCCUUCGUGCCCGUAGAUGUGAGCAAGAGCCGGUAUCUGCCCACGGUGGUGGAGUACCCCAGCUCAGGUGUCGCACAUCGGACGGUCAGCUCCCGGGUCCUGACCCGACAGUGGAGGAGCACAUCUCCUGGCUUUGGCUGGCCCCAGACCACGCUGGGAGAAGACUUGGCUGUGGGAGAUGGCACAUUUCAGACCCGAACCACAGAGGAAAGCCCAACCUCCGCCUUCAGUGAGCUCCUGUCCCACAGCCGAGAGAAGCACACAGCUUCGGAGGGUCCCCUGCACAGCCUGCCUACCAACACCCUUUCUUCCACGAAGGCCUCAGAGACUCUCUUUGGAUCCAAGCUGAAUUUCAACAAGUCCAGGCUGCUGACUCGAGCAGCCAAGGGCUUCCUGGGCAAGCCGCUGGUCAAGGCAGCAGAGUCCACCUCAGGAAGCCAGAGCUUUGACUAUGUCCCUCUGGUGUCUCUGCAGCUGGCCUCCGGCGCCUUCCUGCUCAACCAAGCCUUCUGCGAGGCCAUCCACAUCCCCACGGAGAAGCUCAUGCGGACGUCGCCUUUCUCUGGCCACCGAGUGUCUCUCUCUGCCCGCCAGCUGUGCAACAACCCCUCACCUGGGCAUCUAUCCUGCGACAGCAUCUCCCUGGAGCCUCUGGCCGAGGGCAGGCCAGGCUCGGAGCCCGGGGAGCUGGCGGAGCACACAGGAAAGCUGUGGGCCACGGUGGUGGGGCUGGCCUGGCUGGAGCACAGCUCUGCCUCUUACUUCAUUGAGUGGGAGCUGGUGGCUGCCAAGGCCAACUCGUGGCUGGAGCAGCAGGAGGUGCCCGAGGGCCACACACAAGCUGCGCUCAAGGCUGCUGCCCGCCAGCUAUUCGUGCUCCUGCGGCACUGGGAUGAGAACCUGGAGUUCAAUAUGCUCUGCUAUAACCCGAAUUAUGUGUAGAGGGGAAGGGGUUGGAAAGGAAGAGGGAUGGGCCAUUUUGGCCUGGUGGGGGAACUAUUUGAUGCUGUAGCCAAUAUGCUAAAUGCCAGAAAGAGCCCUGGACCGGCAGUUGGGAGGCCUGAGUUCCAUCUCAACUUUACCACCACCUAGCUGUGCAACUUUAAGUCAGUCCCUGUCCCUGUCUGGGCCUCAAUGUCCUUAUCUAUCAAAUAAGAGGCUGAGAUGAGGCAGUAGGGUGAGAUCUUUAAAUGGUUCAGAUGUUCCUUUCUGCCCAGACUUUCAGGCAAUCCUGGGGUUUAACGCUACUAGGAAAUGGUGAGAGAAGACACAGUCAAACCUGACUUUUCUCUGGAGGAAGACCAUGAAGGCAUGGAGUAGAGGCAGCAUUCCCCCCAACAAAAGGGCCAGUGAGAGAACCAGGGACUAAAGUAAACAGACCUACAAGCCUACAUCCAGGCACUAAAGUGACUACAAGGUCCUCUGUCUGUUACUCUGGGGAUAGGCUUUUGUCUCCAGGGUGACAGUCUAGGACACCCCACUUCCCUCUUCAAAGCCAACUGGAGAAGCAUCCUUCCCAACACUUUUCAAAGUUACUUGGGGGUGUUUCCCUGGGCAAGGAAACUUUUUUAGUUCUGGUUUGCAGAUUUCUGGGGCUUCCUAAGGAGGGGUGAUGGACAGAGACCAGGGAGAUAGAGACCCUGCAAGCCAAAGGCUUAGACUGAAGCUUCAGUCUGUGCAGAAACAAUCCCCCCACCCAAAAAAAACUAGACAUGCUCACAGAAGUCAGGGAAGACAGCAGAUGAUAUCUGAAAUAAUGCACAUACUUUCAAGAACUGGAUAUAGUGGAAUCCUUGUACUUGUGUUGAGAGGCUAGAGAGGCACAUCCAAUGGCAAUGCAUUCUGGGAUAGUGGGGUCCCUCUCUAGCCAGUCCGUUCUGUGGGAGAGAGGGUAUCUUUGCAACAGAAAACAGUGCUUGACUCCAGUGCAUUUGGGGAUGGUAGCUUCAGCUAGGUGACAUGAUUGGUUUGGCAAAAUGAAAGAAUCAUGAAACAUCAAAGCUGGAACCCGUGGGGCUCCCCCACCCAGGCCCACCACAUGAUCUCGUGGAUUAGUGUGCCCAGCCUCUGAUUCCCUCAUGACUAGGGUCAAAGUGCCCAGUUUCCAUUGCCCUAUAGACUCCUCAGACGUGGACCUGGGCCCUCAGGCUGAAUUAAUACACCCCAAACCCUUCUUUCUAAAGCCUUAGCCUCUCCUCAUCAAAUUCCUUUCCCAGAAAUGGUCCAAGGGCUUAGACAUGAAGCCCCACAGACAUCCCUUUUUGGGGAGGGGGUGGUUGUGGCUCUGGCACAAGUCCCAGCCUCAUAAAGACUCAAAGAAUGGCCAGUCUACCGCAGGGGCCAGAGGGAGGCAGGAGGCUCCUGCAGAUUGUCAGCAGGUGUGCAUGUGACCGGAGGUGGUGCCCUGGCCCUGCCCCAUUCUGCCUCCCACCAAGACGCAGCAGCUCCCUGCAGGGCCCCUGCAGCCCUUAGUGAUCCCUGCUUCAUUGGCUGGCUCUGCUCCGCUGGGAGGAACCAGCCAGCCAGUCCCUGACACUGUGCCGCCGUGACUCCAGUGGGACAGGAUGCCAGGCUGGGGCUGGACUCAACAUCAGGGCCAUCAAGGACAAGAGUUUUAGGUUGUCUUAUUCAAGGCCCCAAAUAGGUGUGAGAAUGGCAGUGUCAUCCCCCUGUGCUCCUCCCUCCCCUCCCCCCAUAAGACCCCCCACUUGUUUAGCCCUGAAGCCUGCAGCCCUAGCCUCAGGGCAAGGAUGGAGGGGGCGGCAUUCACUUCCUGGCCCACCACCGAUGGAGAAAUCGUCAGGCUUCGAGUCUGAGUGCCUAGGCUCAGAUCUCAGCCUUAAUUAGUUUGGGCAGUGGCUUCCUCUCACUGGGUGUUCUGGAGCUGGGGCUCUGUCUUCUGCUUUGACACUCCCAGAUGGUCUGCCUCUAAGUUUCUCCCUCUGGGUGAACAUGGAUUGGCUCCACUUCUCCAUGUGACCUUGAACAAGUCACGUGUGAGCCCUGGGCCUCUUUUCCCCCUCUAACAUGAAUAGAUUGUACCAAGCUGUCCAGCCUCUCCCCCAUUUCCCCAUGAGCCUGAUUCUUGCUCUUCAGGCCUUAGUAUGGUCAAUGACUAGGGUUUGAGGCAGGCCAGCCUCUAGGCCCAGGAUGACCAGUAUGUAAGAUGCCUGGAUAGAGUGACCCAGAAACCCAGCGAGGUGGGGAACACACCGGCCCCUUCUCCAGCGAGCUCCUCAGACUGCGCCCCUGCACCUGUGUUUCCCAGCCAGUCCCCGGCCUGCAGGCAAAAAGAAUGGCAUCCCCCGUGCCCUCAACCUGCACUGGCAUUUGCCACGGCUGAUGAAGGGAGUAGUUGGUUCAAGAUCAGACCUGCUGUGUUUUCCUCUGCUCUUCUUAUCUGUGAGAAAGCAAGGGUUCCCUUCCUCCCUUCUAGCUGGUUCACCUGUCAGCAAAAGUUUCUGGAAGUUUCCUUUAAAUCCUAAACACACCCAGCUGAGCCCCACCCUUAUUUGAAGGCAGGAUUUCUUCUUCUGUCGGCUACUGUCUCCCUCUUUCUUCCUUAUCUGGGACUCCCAAGGACAGGGAGUGAGGAAAGGGGUCUCUCCCACCUGCUAGAACCUUGUGACACCACAGCCCUCGCCACUCCAAGUGUCACCUCUCACUACUUGCACAUUGUCACAUCUCCAAGUGACCCCAAACGUAAAUAUAUUCAGCAUCCUCAGUGCCCUGGGGAAGGAAAGGGAAGGAACUGCUGCCCCUAGAACAGACCAUUUUUUUUAUUACCACAGCAUUUGAGAAAGGUCUUCUCUUUCCCCCCUCCCAGGGACUAAAGAAGUCAACAUAACAGCAACAAAAAUGUUCACAUCCCUCAGCUGUAACAUAGCACACUCCACAAUGCCAGUGUAAAAAUAACUAGGGCAGAGGCGUGUGUGGCAUUUUGCAACUGGAUAAUCGGAUCCACAGAGAUCUGUCCCCAGGUCGGGAGCUUGGCAGCCGUGCCUGGCCGGGCCUCCAGCCCCCUACUAUGGAGCACCCUGACCCUUAUGUCCAGCUUGCCCCAGGCCGCUGACAGCAGCCUGUCCACAGCACUGCCUCCCCAAGUCACCCGACCAAGGGGGGCUUCCUCCUGUCCAUGCUGCAGUUCUCCUUGGCUCGGGGCCAGCUGCCUUGAACUUACAGCUGCUUCCAAGGCAAAGCGCCUCCUCUCAAUGCGCUGACUGUGGCGACGUGCGUGGUAUCGUUUUACUAUUUGCCCAGGUGGCUUUGGCUCAAGUGGCAUGGCCGGUGCUUGUCCCUGUCAGAGCCUCAAGUGCCUAUAACAUGCUGUCCUGUCCCUUCACCUGCACACAGUAAUGUCCCCACAGUGCCUGUGACACUUCUUGUUCUUGGAAUAUACAUCACCUUCUUGCCCGGUGGCCAAUUAUGUAGAUGUGGAGGGCCUGGACAUCAGCUGUCUAAUGCCCACAAUCCUUUGCAAACCCUGCCCUGGGGCUGUUUGUGUCUGUUCUCAAAGGAAUGGCUUCUUUGCAUACGGUGGCUGCUGUUCUCCUGUAGGCUCUGAGCUCAUAAAAACUGUCAACAUGGCAAAAUUA